UCCCUCAGACACAGCGGAUCACCCAUCCAUGGAAAGAGCCGAAGAUGUCGGCUCGGUCAUGUGGUCACCUGUGUCCAAUCACAGCUGAUCACAUGGGACAUGUGCACUAAUCAUCAGGGCAUUGAUGAUCAGUGUGCCCUGAUGAUCAGUGUAGCCCCAGCAGUGCCACCUGUCAGUGUCCAUCAGUGCCAGCUCUCAGUGCUCAUCCAUGCCACCUGCCAGUGCCCAUCAGUACCACAUCAAUGCCACAUAUCAGUGCCUACCAGUGCACAUCAAUGCCACAUAUCAGUGCCCAUCUGAGCUGCCUUUCAGUGUCACCCAUCAAUGCCAAUCAGUGCCACCUAUCAGUGCUGCCAAUCAGUGCCAGUCAGUG